UGACUUUCCUAAAAUCCCUUUCAUUUUUCAUUACGCCCAUUAUAUUUUUUAGACCAAAAGGACAAGAACAGAGACACAAGCGGCUGACGGUUUGGCCUUCUUUACUUGGACUGCUGCCUCUGCAACCUGACCUCAGAUCAGUGCAAGACAUUGGACAGAAGAAACACUAAACAAGGCAAAUAAAAAAUUCAACAAGGCAGCGAGCGCAGUGUUGUGGGGAGCUGUCCUUGGUCACAGUGCUGAAAGUGGAUAACUGCUUCUGCCUGCAAAAAGAAGACGAGAAAAGACUUGGACCAUUGCUUCGGCCAUCAGCCGCCGGCUGCUGAGUGGAAAGUGCAGGACAUUAGGCGAGCGUCAGGCGAGUGCACUCCUCUCUGCAGCCUGAAGACUUGAGUUUGUCCCGGGACCCCUGUCCAUCGCCGACCCUGCUUCCAAGGGUGGGGAUCAUCGCCAGUAUGCCGGGGUGCAUGAAGCAAUGUAAGCAGGGGCUGGUGAAGUUUGCCCUGUCCCUCCACAGACUUGUCACCGGCAAGCUGAAUAAAGACAAAGCUGAUGACGACCUUGAGAUGACCAUGGUUUGUCACAGACCGGAGGGACUGGACCAGCUGGAGGCUCAAACCAACUUCAGCAAAAGGGAACUACAAGUGCUGUACAGGGGAUUUAAGAAUGAGUGUCCCAGUGGCGUUGUGAACGAGGAUACCUUCAAGCAAAUAUACUCACAGUUCUUUCCUCAUGGAGAUGCAAGUACUUACGCCCACUACCUGUUCAACGCAUUUGACUCAGCGCACACUGGCUCCAUAAAGUUCGAGGACUUUGUGACAGCUCUGUCCAUCCUGCUGCGAGGAACCAUCACGGAGAAGCUGCGAUGGACCUUCAACCUCUACGAUAUCAACAGAGAUGGCUACAUCAACAAAGAGGAGAUGAUGGACAUCGUCCGAGCUAUUUAUGACAUGAUGGGGAAGUACACCUACCCGGUAUUGAAAACAGACGCACCCAAGCAGCAUGUGGACGCUUUUUUUCAGAAAAUGGACAAAAACCGAGACGGUGUGGUCACUCUCGAUGAAUUCAUCGUGUCUUGUCAAGAGGAUGAAAACAUCAUGAGGUCCCUGCAGCUGUUUGAAAAUGUGAUCUAGAGAAGCAAAGAGAGAAGGUUGGUGGACGAGCAUGGCAUCAAGAAAGUGACAACAGGGACCCAAGCACAAACACGGUGGUAAACAUCGAGCCCUGCGAGGCAGAAAUCAUUUCAACUGUGAGAAACCGCCAAUAACUGAGGGUGAUUCACUGAUCUAAAACCACAGAGAAAAUCCAAGUCACUAACUGAACCUCAAUAGUUUGUUUGUUGUCCCACUCUGGACUGUCAGCUUGUAAAUAUGAUCCUGUUUUUGUGAAAUACUUUUCAUAGAUUUGUAUAUGAAACCGCGUCAUGAAGCAGCUUGCGAUGUGAGUCUUGGCUGCGUUCAUCCAUCAGCACUGUUGUGAAGCAUGCGAGACAGUGAAGUGGUCUUAAUGUAACCGUGCCAUGAGACGUAACUGGAUGUUCACUUGCGAGAUGCGGGACAUCUAGAUUCAUCUUGGACCCUGGUGUCUUCGGUUCUCGGCAACUCAAGAGCAAAAUAACCUCAUCACUUCUCCUGAGUGUGUUUCCGUGGCGUCGAUCAGUGUUUUCAUUGAUAUUAACUGUCGUGCUUCUCUGGCUGUCGCUCAUCCCAGCUGUCUGUCUCUCUGUCUGUUGGUGUCACUGUACUUACAUGCGAAGGGCUGCGCUGUCAUCUGACGAAUUCUGGAUACAUUAGUAAUGAACUUUGUUUUUUAUGUCGACAUUGUCACUGUGAUGGAAAGACCCGAGGGAGGUGAAGACACUUCUAGAGAUUUUCUGAUGGAAUGGAAGCCAUGUUUUAAUUAAGAGCCAUCAUUUUAUCCAAUUAUUGCUGUUUAAACAACAAUAUAUCACUGACAGACGAUGCUUCUAUGUGUUGCUCACGCACAUCUCACACAGACAGCCGUGAGGACAGACAGACAGACAACUGUCAGAAUCAGCGUAUGGAUGGAAAUACUGUAUAAAAUCAUUAUAUUUAUCAAUAAAGUUUUC